GGGCGCCCUAUUCUGCAGUUGUUCCGGUAACGGCGCCAACGACGCUUGCGCAUGAGGAUCCAUUAAUGUACAGGCAAAAUAAACGCGAAGGUCGUUGGCCUAGCCCACGCGCCCAAAUGUCAUGUGGGUCGUAUUUGGCGAUGUUAGGCGCAAAGAGCUCUUCUUCAUCGUCGUCGACAUCGUUGCUAGCGGUCAUGGCAGUGUUUUUACUCGAGGCAGAGCAAGAAAAGAUCGCAUUCUGGAACGUCUCGGCUGCGGUAUUUGCUCUGGCACGCGCUAUCGCUUGGGUUCCGAGGCUGUGCAUCCCUCGCUGCCAGCAGCCACGGGUGCCGGCAGCGACAGGGCACAGCUUGGAGGCUGUCAUUCCUUCCGGGUACUCGAUAUUGAUGAUCUUCGUGACGAUAUGUAAGCGAAGGCUGGGUAAUGAUGCAAGCGUAUGGGUAGUAAGGUCAAUUCUACGCGCGGAAACAAGACUGCUGGGACGCUUACUGCUUGUUUCUUCUUGUCCUCUGCAGGGUUGGACGCUUGUGCUUGCUCUCGUCGAAUCACAUUUUGCCUGCAGUACCGUUGUCGUCGUGGACGAAGACGGUAACAGGCAUCCCCAGAGUCCUGUGCUACAUUCACAUGUUAAUCGCGUCAAAAAGCACCGUAUCGCGUCUAGGUAUUCAGAGGACACUUUUCCCAGGUUCCUUUGACAGGAAUGUGCAUAUAUGCGCCUAUUUCUACUGUCGAUGGGUACGCGAUUCUGUGUUAAGUUUCUUAUCUGUAAAUUGUGUGUGUGGCAAUUUUUUGAACGCACAUUCAUUGACUUUUCUUCUGGCCCCCGAACGAACUUGACACUUACGCGCCGGUAUCAUUCCGCAGCACCUUACGCUCUUCCGAAAAAUCUGAAAUUCUAGUAGAAUGAUAUAUAGUUAACUUUUGAAAAUAUAUGGGCGUAGUAGUGUGUCAAAAAUAGGAUGGUUGCAAAUUACUUCUGAGUGCGCAAGUUCACUUGUAUCUCCCCCCAAAACUUAAGGGACAUCCUUCGGAAGUUUACAAUUAGCUAUAGUUUAGGAACACGACACUAAGAGCUUGAUUUAUCACCACCUAGUCCAGUCUUAGCAUAACUCCUCAAAAGAAAUACGGUCUGGAUACAAUCUUUGUAUUACAUCAGGUCGUCGGCUGACGUCUACUACUAUACACUCAAAUAGC